AUGAGGCCUUCAUUUGCAUUUGCAUGCUUACUCUUUAUCCUUACUCUUUUCCAGCUCACUGCUUUUUCUUUCUCGUCUGUGCAGGCAGUGCUAUGUCAUGACGAUGAGCGCCUUGCUUUGAUGCAAUUCAAGGAAAGCUUCGUCAUCGACGAGAGCGCAUCUGCUGCUUCCUCGUAUGCUUAUCCUAAGGUUGAUAACUGGACGUUUCAAGGAGUUGAUUGCUGUUCAUGGGAUGGCGUCGAGUGUGAUCAAAUCUCCGGUCAGGUGAUAGGCCUGGACCUCAGCAGUAGCUUCCUUUAUGGCUCUAUCAAUUCCUCCAGUAGUCUCUUCCACCUUGUUCACCUUCAAAAGCUUAACCUCGCACACAAUGACUUCAAUUACUCCGUGAUUCCAUCUGCGUUGGGCAAUCUUUCGAUGCUGACAUAUCUCAAUCUCUCUAAUUCUGUAUUUUCUGGUCAAAUACCGUCAGAAAUUUCAAAGCUCGUUCGAUUAUCUUCCCUCGAUCUGUCAAAUAAUUGGGAUCCUAGCUCCUUUCAACGGUUGUUGGAACUCAAAAUGCCUAAUCUGAAGAGCUUAGUACAGAAUUUUACAGACUUAAAACACCUUCAUCUCUCGUACGUAGAUGUGGCUUCUCCGAUUCCUAGUGUCUUAGCCAAUUUUUCCUCGCUGACGUCCCUUCAUCUCGGGCAUUGUGGACUGCUGGGCAAAUUUCCAUUGCCCAUUUUCCAUCUACCAAACCUUCAAACCAUUUGGCUGGUACACAACUUGGGUCUCACGGGUUACUUUCCAGAAUUCAAUUUCACCAGCCAACUUAAAGUCUUAGCACUCUUGAACACAAGUUUUUCUGGUGAGUUAGCUGCUUCAAUUGGAGACCUUGAUUCAUUGGAAUUCUUGGGAAUUGGUCUUUGCAACUUCACAGGGUUAGUGCCAUCUACGUUGGGUAAUCUCCCCAAUCUCCAUUUUUUGGAUCUUGGACGCAAUUUUUUUAGGGGUUUAGUGCCAUCAACUCUGGGUAAUCUCACCAAGCUCUAUCAUAUGGAUCUUCAAAAUAAUUCUUUUACAGAUGAGCUACCGGACUCAAUUAGAAACCUUAUUUCUUUGGAAUAUUUGGACAUUAGUAAUUGCAAAUUCACAGGAUUAGUUCCAGCUAUGCUGGGUAAUCUCACCAAGCUCACGGUUUUGGAUCUUGGAAAUAAUCUUUUUAGAGGUGAGUUACUUGUCUUAAUUGGAAAAUCAUUAUUUCUUUCCAAUUAUUGA